GAACGAAAUGAGUACCAAUGAGACAUUGGCCCCCUUUGAAGCUGAAUAUACGAGACUUUACGAAUCCUUGUACAAAGCUCAUAGAAAUGAAAAGGAACUAUCGGGACAAUGUACGUUGCUUAAGGAUGAAAUUCAGGACAACACAUAUAAAAUAUAUGAGCUGAAAAAAACAGUGGAGACCCAUGAAGACGAGAUAAUUGGAUUGAAAGAAGAACUCACCAAAACGAUAAAACUGGCUGAUGCAGCACACGCGCGCGAGCAAAAUGCACAGGAGGUGAUUGAGAAUUUGCGGCUGAAUAUUACGAAACUGGGUCUAGAAAUCGAGCAAAAGAACAAACAAUUGGCAACUGAGAAAGA